AUGAUUAUCACUGGAGAUGACACAGUGGAUAUUUCUAGUCUCAAACAGUUUCUCCAUCGCCAGUUUGAGAUGAAAGAUUUGGAUGCACUUAGCUACUUCCUUGGCUUGGAAAUUUCUCAAGAUUCCUCUGGUUAUUUUCUUACCCAGGCCAAGUAUACUUCUAAUCUUUUGGCUCGUGCUAGCCUUACCGAUUACAAGACUAUCACUACUCCAGUUGAUCCUCAGACUCGUCUUACGUCUCUUGACAGUCCCCUAUUAUCAAAUGCAACUUUAUAUUGUCAGCUAGUUGGUAGUCUUGUCUAUCUCACACUGUAUGCCUUUUCUAAUGCCGAUUGGGCAGGGAAUCCUACCGAUCGUCGUUCCACUACUGGGUUCUACUUCUUCUUAGGAAACUCUUCCAUUUCCUGGCGUAGCAAGAAGCAAACCCUUGUUGCUCGUUCUAGUACCGAGGCUGAGUAUCGUGCUCUUGCAGACACUACUCAGGAGCUUGUGUGGCUUCUUUCUGACAUGGGUGUUUCUCAUUCAGCUGCCACUAAUCUUUAUUAUGACAAUCAAAGUGCUAUUCAGAUUACCGCCGACCUCUUCACCAAAGCUCAUCUUCCAGGCCGCUUCUCUGAUCUCCUCUCCAAGCUCAAAUUGAUAUCUGACUUACCACCUUGA